ACGUCUUUCGUUUCCUGCAGAAGACAGACUUGCUGUAUAAUUGCAGUCGUCGAUGCCAUCUCAUGACUUUUCCAUUCAUUCCUUGGCAUCAAUUGGGAUCUAUCAAUCCCGUGACUAUCAUACAAACCUUCAACCCCCUCUCUCCAAAAACAUCCUCAUCUCAAGAAAAACACUCAACUAACUCAAACUCCAGAACCUCACGCACGCCCAAUCCAACCUCAUCCAAACCAACAUCCUCACAACCACACUCUCCACCCUCCCAUCAACGCAACCCGACCUACCCCAGGACCUCCACCAACCCCUCGCCAUAGCCGUCGCGCACCUCCGGCACCAACUCUCC